AUGGAGUUGACGAUCCAAACGCGUGGUGGGCGCCCUUCCAAGCGGUUCCCUCUCACCGUCUCGCUCAGUUCGAAGCAGCCGACCGUCGGCGAGCUGAAGCGACAGAUCGAGAAGCAGACCAAGGUCGGUCUUGCACCUCCUAUUCCCCCCCCCCCCCCCCCCCCACCCCAAAAGCUUCAGCGUGUUUGCUGACCAACUUGCUCGUUGCAACAGCUCGGCUUCCAUCGUCAAAGGAUCACCACGCUCGACAAGAAGCUCCCGCUGGAUGACGAGGACAAGAAAGUCGUCGACUUUGGCGUCAACGAUGGCGACAAGCUCGAGAUCAAGGACUUGGGGCCCCAAAUGUGUGGGUUCGCAAUCCGCAAAAUGUUCUUGUACAAGUCGGUUGCACUGCUGACUGUACUAGGUGCGCCUACUCACAGCUUGGUCGGCGGUCGUGCGUCGCUCGGAGCUUCCGCGCUGGGCUUCAGUUCGGUCAUCGGCGUGCUCGGAGUGUGUCAGCUGACGAGGCCUUGUACUUGACCCGGAUGGCCAACAGUUCAUGUCGGAAUACGUGCGGCUGCCUUCAGAAUUGUCUUCGUCAGACCUCAGCCAGAGUACUGACUGAUUCGACCCCCCGUCCCCUUUCGCUUCCCCCCACAUGAACACAGGCCGGCCCUCUCGUCAUCCACCCCAUCUUCUACUUUGGCUCAAAGUUGAUCUACCGACAGGACUUUGUUCAUUCGAGGAUGCAAAAGUAGGCCAUCGGUCAUCUCAUACGCUCUCCAAGCCCUGUGGACUGACACCGGGUCACCCUCUUCUCUCCUCUCGGACAGGAUCGCUCUCGCGCUCGUAGUUGCACAUUAUGCCAAGCGUGAACUCGAGACCAUCUUGUGAGCGUUCAAAGCGGUCCCUAAUCGAUCUUUACCGAAUAUCUGAAUACGCUCCUUGGGACGGUCGCCAGUGUCCACCGUUUCUCAUCAGCGACAAUGCCCCUCUUCAACCUCUUCAAAAAGUUGGUCCCUUUCGCUUUCCCUCCAAUUCCUCUGCUUCGCGCACAAGCACUGACCCCGAAAGAACGCGCUUUCUUCAGCUGCGGCCAUUACUGGGGUCUCUCGGGCCUCUUGCUCGCACCUCCCUUGUACGGUCCAUGGAACGGCGCCCAAGCGCUCAAGGGAACGAUCAGGGACACGGACAAGUGGAUCUACGCCUGGGUCGCUCUUUGGGCUGUGAGUACCCCCACCACUCCCCAAACUCGAACCAGCAACAACAAUCACUGACUAUCCCUCUCUCUCAUCACUCGCGAAGUUUGGUGAACUCUCGAACCUGUCGACGCACAUCACCCUACGCAACCUCCGCCCCGCCGGCACCAAGACCCGAGCGAUCCCCCGUGGUUACGGUUUCGGUCUGGUGUCGUGCCCGAAUUACUUUUUCGAAACGAUCGCUUGGGUCGCCUUUACGGGUUUGACGUUGGACUAUGCUGGUGAGUGAUACAUAGUGGGCCUGGGGGAAGAGUUGAUGCUGAAAAAACUGACCCUUGGCUCCAUCUUUACCAGCGGCCUUCUUCUCCGUCGUCGCGGUCGUACAGAUGUACGUCUGGGCCGUCAAGAAGCAUCGCAGGUACCGCAAGGAGUUUGGCAAGGACUACCCAAGGGGAAGGAAGGCCAUGUUCCCCUUUUUGGCAUGA